AUGGCAAUCCUGGCCUUGGCGUUGUUCUGGCUCCCAAGUAUCUCUUUCGCCUCGGCCUCAACAAUACCACGAAAUACCUCUGUCACGACUGGACGUGAGCGUACCAGCCUUAACUCAGACUGGAGAUUCAUGCGCUUCGAAGAGAACCCCGAUGGCCUCGCAUACGACAUCCGUCCCGAUCAGGUAAAUCUGACUCUCGAGGUACUGAAGCCAUGGAUUCUUCCAGUCGCCAACGAGUUCAUCGUCAAUGCCAGCGACAGAUAUCCAUACCCAGAUGCCGAGCCUCCAGGGAGCAAUGUCUCAUACCUGCAGAAGGACUUUGAUGAUAGCUCGUGGGAGACCGUCGCCCUCCCUCACGAUUGGGCAAUUAAGGGCCCCUUCUACACCGACGAUGACCCCAUUGUUCCCGGCACCAUGGGCAGGUUGCCAGUCCAGGGUGUUGGAUGGUAUCGGAGGAAUAUCUCGUGGACGCAGAGCGAGGCCGAUGAAGGCAGACUGGCAUUCCUAGAUGUUGAUGGCGCCACGUCCUAUGCUAUUGUCUGGCUCAACGGCGAAUUGGUGGGCGGAUGGCCGUAUCCAUACAAUUCCUGGCGGCUGGACAUCACGCCAUAUCUCAAGCCGGGCGACGACAAUGUGUUGGCCAUUCGGGUAGACAAUCCCAACAUGUCCUCAAGAUGGUAUCCUGGUGCAGGCAUAUACCGCAAUGUCUGGUUGACGAAGACGGCACCGGCGCGUGUAGGUCAUUACGGGACACAAAUCACCGCGAGCGAGGUCUCCAGCGAGUCGGCCGUGCUUGAGCUGGUGGUGAAGAUUGAGAAUUCAGGAUCAACAGAUCAGGCGAUCGACCUCGCGACGGACAUUCACGUCUACGAUGCUGACACCGGCUCGACGGGAGCCCAAGUCGCUUCUUUUCCGAGCAUAAGCCAGACGGUCGGAGCAAACGAAGCUGUUUCUAUCAACACUUCCACUGUGAUUCAGAACCCGCAACUGUGGAAUCCAUACCCAGCCGGCGACCCAAACUUAUACGAGGCCAUCACUCGCGUGUCUCUCAGCAACGGCACUGAAAUCGACUCUUACUCGACCCGUUUCGGCAUCCGUUCGCUCAAUUACACAGCCGAUAGUGGCUUCCUCGUCAAUGGAGCCCGCGUCAUGAUCCAGGGCGUAAACGACCACGCCGAUCUUGGUGCUAUAGGUACAGCCUUCAACGUGCGCGCCGCAGAACGCCAGCUCGAGAUCUUGAGAGAGAUGGGCGUCAACGCCAUCCGCAUGUCUCACAACCCUCCCGCCCCAGAGCUGCUCGACCUGACCGAUCGGAUGGGUUUCAUGAUCCUGGACGAGAUCUUCGACUGCUGGCAGCUGAACAAGACGGAAAAUGACUUCCACCUCAUCUGGGAUGACUGGCACGAGGCAGACUUGCGGAACAUGGCACGGCGGGACAGGAACCAUCCGAGUGUUGUGUUUUGGAGCUACGGUAAUGAGGUGGGCGAGCAGGAGACGGGCGAGGCAGGUGCUGCGAUCAACGUUGAGCUGAGGGAAAUACUGGCCCAGGAGGAUCCAACGAGACAUUCAUCUGCGAGCCAGAACGAGGCUCUUCCCAACUCCACAUGGAGCAGCGUUGUUGAGCAGUUCUACCUCAACUACCAAGGCGCUGGGAUCAGGAACACCGUGGCCUACUCGAAUCUGACCGGCAUUACCACUGAGCCCCUCUACCCGGAAUACCAUGCUGACUACCCGGGGAAGAUGAUCUUGUCCUCUGAGUCCUCCUCGGCAUUAAGCUCACGAGGGACCUUCAUAUUCCCCGUGACGAACUACUCGUCCGCCCCAGCAAACGCCACCUCGGGCGAGGAUGUGACCAACAUGUUUGUGAGCGCCUACGAGCUUUACACGGCAGGCUUCGGCUCCUCUCCAGACAAGGUCUUUGCGUCCCAAGACGAGAACCCAUACGUCGCUGGUGAGUUCGUCUGGUCAGGCUUCGACUACCUGGGCGAACCGACGCCAUACAACGACCGAAGCUCGUACAGCGGCAUCGUGGACCUCGCGGGGUUCAAGAAGGACCGCUUCUACAUCUACCAAGCGCGGUGGAGGCCUGAUCUCAAGAUGGCUCACAUUCUGCCGCACUGGACAUGGCCGGAGCGUGAGGGUCUGGUCACGCCCGUGCACGUCUUCUCGAGCGCAGACACGGCGGAGCUGUUCCUGAACAACGUGUCGCUGGGGACCAGGACAAGAGGCGAGUACGAGUACCGCUUCAGGUGGGACGAUGUGGUGUACCAGCCAGGCGAGCUGAGCGUGGUGACGACCAAGAGCAACGAGAGCUGGGCGAGCGCCUCUGUGCAAACUGCUGGAGACGCCGCAGGGCUGAAUCUGAGCGCCGACCGGGCCACGAUCCAGGCGGAUGGUCUUGACCUGUCGUACAUCACGGCGUCUGUGGUGGAUGCCAGUGGCAAUGUCGCGCCUCGAGCGAACAGCACCAUCACGUUCAGCGUCGACGGCCCUGGUGAGAUUGUUGCGACGGAUAAUGGCUACCCUGCAGACUACACGCCGUUCCCCUCUGCCUCUAGAGACACGUUCAAUGGCCUUGCUUUGGUGAUUGUGCGCGGGAAGUCAGGGACGGCGGGCGAGGUAACGGUAACGGCGACCGCACAAGGGCUGCAGCAGGGACAGGUUGUUAUUCAAACCAAGUAG